CAAUCGCAAUAUCUCGAACGAGAAUCAGUCUCGCGCGAGACGCGCAGCGUGAUGGAUGUGUGGGGUGUACUAAUCUGAUGGAAAUAAUAGAGAAAGAAAGAUGUUGUCGUGAGGUCAGUGGGUCAGUCUGUCAAUCUUACGCAAAAUGUGCAACGAUUCUAUCUCCUGCAAUGGCCUGCGUUAGCUCCACAUUAACAUACAAUUCAUUUUAUGUUAAUGGCGAAACAAUAAUGUAUUUAAUGGAACAACUUCAGCAUAUCUAUGAACACAUAAAAGACAAAAAUGAAUUAGUCAUCAUCGAAAGAUAUGGGAACAAUGCGAAACAUUAUACGAUUGCAUUCCUAACACUUUUUUUUGUCAUACUACCCAUUUAUCUAUCUGCCCACAUCUGGCCUGGUUUUUUCGACAUUAUUUUAUUGACAAUAUUAAACAAACCUCAAUUACGGCAUCUGCAGAUUACGACUAACUAUUCUGUAAAUCAAGAACAAUAUUUAUAUAUACGACAACUGCAUAUGGUUGUUGCUCUUUUUAUAGGAAUUGUUGCAAUGAUAGCAACUGGAGCAAUGCUCAUUACUUAUAUUCAACAUGCCUGUGGAAUGUUUAAAAUUGCCAGGUUUUCGAAUCAUUUAAUAUCCAAAUUGGAGAUGUCAUUUCUUUUAUUAAUAAUAUUCGGAGUGAUUACUUUGAGUUGCAAUAUAUUUCAAAUAUUUCAGGUUACAUCAGAAUAUAAUUGUGACCAGUUUCUAGGAUCUGUUAUAAUCGUAUUCGUUGCUUUUGCAUACAUGUUCAUAUCUAAUUUUAUCGGACAAGAAAUUAUAGAUUAUAAUAAUGACGUAUAUGCCGCUGCAUAUAAUGUUUGCUGGUAUACAGCUCCUCUACAUAUACAAAAGAUAAUACUAUUUUUAUUGCAAAGAGGUAACAAACCUUUCGGGCUGAACGUCGCUGGAUUGUUUAUAGCAUCCUUAGAAUGCUUUGCAACGCUAGUGAAGGCAUCCGUAUCUUACUUUACCGUUAUGUAUUCAGUAUAAUUAUA